AUGUCUGUCGCCAUCGGUCAAUCCAAUGCGUUUGUGAUAGAGGAUGUCCUGAUAUUCGAUGGCAAACAUUUCACCGAGAAUGGCCACAUCAUCGUUUCAAAUGGGAAAAUUGAGAAGAUGGGCUCUGGGAAGGCGGUCCUCCCAGGAGACACUCUAAGAUACAGCAAACCGGGAUGUACUAUUAUACCGGGACUCAUCGACGCGCACGUUCACGCCGUUGGUGGGAACGUCCACUCUAUCGAACAGUCUAUCAGAUUCGGAGUUACCACCAUUCUCGAUCUGAAUAAUGAAGUGGAGCACAAUGUUCGGUUGAAAAAGCUUGCGAGUGACCCCUCGAAGAAGGGGAAAUAUGCAGACUUCAAGUGCGCAGGAAUUGCAGCAAUGGUCGAAGGUGGGUGGCCCGCGCCCGCCGUCCGGAAGAUAUUGGGGCAAGCCGGUCACCCAGAGAUCGCCGACGCCCUCAUUUCCUCAUGGCCCAAGCUCGCAUCUGCCGACGAAGCACCCGGCUUCGUCCAGUCCCAGAUAGACCAAAGCGGCGCGUCAUACAUCAAGCUGAUGCACGAGCUGGGCGACACCCUUUCCAUGCCGGACCUGCCUCGCCCGCCGCUGGACAUCCAAAAGGCGGUCGUCGAGGCUGCUCACGAGCGCGGUAUAAUCGCGGUCGGCCACGCCCUCAGCCACGCAGGUGCGAUCGAGCUGCUCGAGGCCGGAGUUGAUGGGCUCGCUCACUGCUUCCUGGACAAAGCGCCGAACGAGGAAUGGAUCAGAACCAUGAGAGAGAAGAAUAUACACUGCAGCCCGACACUGUCGCUUGGCGCAUCGAUGACUGGGCAGGGAACCGAGCUACAGCGGCGCUUCGCCGAGGAUCCGUUGUCCAAGCGGAUGCAGUUCGACCCGCGGCCGAAGGACGACGCCAGCAUCGAGAACGUCUACGAGAACACGCGGUCCAUGUACCGCGCUGGUGUGCCCUUGGUCGUGGGGUCCGACGCGUUGGGGCAGGAGACCGGUUCGGCAUUUGGGCUCGGUGUGCACAUGGAGAUUUACCAGCUGGUGCAUGAGGUCGGGAUGCGGCCGGAGGAGGCGCUCAGUUGCGCAACUUCCGUGACUGCGGGGCGAUUCGGCUUUACUGAUCGCGAGGUAAUUGAGAAUGGACGGCUUGCAGAUCUUGUUCUGCUAGAUGGCGAUGUCAGAACGACCCUGGGAGAUGAAAAUGUGCUGUGCUUGCCAGUCAGCAUGGUCUGGAGGGAAGGAGUUCCGGCUGAGGUUUUUAAGAUUACAGAGUGA